GUGCUAACUUAGAUAAAAUGUGUGUCUUUGUACUUUGCAGCCAAGCUCUUGAAUGUGAGGUUUUUUUUGGCAGCAGGUUCUUGUGGUUGUUUAAGACUUCCAGGAAAGCCUCAAUAUGGGAAGAAGUAACAAUAAAAAUCCUGAUGAUCCAGCGUCUACACCAGAAGGAAAUGAAAGAAAAGAAAUCAAUGGUCGACGUCGCUCCCUCCGGCAGAGGAAAGCUAUUGAGCGCUAUGUAUCUCCCCUGGAAAAUCUAAGGAAACGUAAGCUAACAUCCAAAUGUACUUCACCUGUCAAAAAGAGAAAAUCGGGCAAAAAACCUAAAAGGUCUCCUGCGGCCAACUCUCAGAAAGAUAAUACAAAGGGAGUUCCAAAUGAGCACACGAAAACUGAAGCAACUCGGAAAGGCAACUUAAAUGAGGUUCAUAAGGAGACCGUGAAAACUGGAGCAUGUCUGGCUGGUGUGGAGCAAAUGCAAAUAGAUGGUUCAGCACAAUUUCAUGGUGUGGGUGGUCUGUCUGACCACAUUUCAGCUUUAAAAGAGAUGGUCAUUUUGCCGUUGCUUUAUCCUGAUGUCUUUGAGAUACUGAAAUUUAAACCUCCAAGAGGCUGUUUAUUCUAUGGUCCACCUGGGACUGGAAAGACCCUGGUUGCUCGUGCACUUGCUAAUGAAUGUAGCAUUGGUGACAGGAAGGUAACCUUUUUUAUGAGAAGUGCAGCUGACUGCAUGAGUAAAUGGGUGGGAGAAUCUGAACGACAGCUUCGAUUAGUAUUUGAGCAGGCUUACCAAAUGCGGCCUUCAAUUAUUUUCUUUGAUGAGAUCGAUGCCCUUGCUCCUGUACGGUCCAACAAACAAGACCAGGUUCAUAGCUCUGUUGUGGGGACACUUCUGACACUGAUGGAUGGCUUAGCCAGCAGAGGAGAGGUUGUGGUAAUAGGAGCCACCAACAGAUUGGAUUCUAUAGAUCCUGCUUUACGGAGACCUGGACGCUUUGAACGAGAAUUCCGCUUCAGCUUGCCAAACAAAGAGGCAAGAUUAGAAAUUUUAAAAAUUCACACACGAGACUGGACCCUGAAGCCAUCAGACAACUUACUUGAAGACCUGGCUGAGAAAUGUGUUGGAUUCUGUGGAGCUGAUAUUAAAGCCUUAUGUGUUGAAGCUGGGCUCUGUGCUUUGCGCCGCCGCUAUCCACAGAUACAUAAGAGUGAUAAAAGACUGAAGAUAGAUGCCAGAUCAAUUAAAGUAACAGCAAAGGAUUUUGCCAUGGCCAUGCAGAAGAUUGUUCCAGCAUCACAGAGAUCUGGGGUUUCACCUGGGAGAGCACUACCACCUAUUUCAAAGCCACUAUUGGAAAACACCCUGGAAAGAAUUUUACUAGCCUUGCAGAGAGCAUUUCCCCAUGCAAAGCUUGCACUGAAAACCAACCAAGGGGAUGAUGGGAUUGACAGUGAUGAUGACUUGCCAUCAGUCUCUGAAAAGAAGCCUCACAGCAAAAGGGCAGGAUUCCGCACUUUUAGCAGAAAUCCUUCUUACCAGCCAACAUCUUUCAGGCCACGGUUUUUAUUAGUUGAAGAAUCAGGAUGUGGGCAGGCUUUUGACUUGGCACCUGCUGUAUUACAUGCCCUGGAAAAGUUUCCAGCUUAUACACUAGAUCUACCAACCUUGUUUGUUAGCACCACAUCACAGGAAGAAACAUGUUCACAGUUGAUACGAGAAGCUCAAAGAACAGCACCAAGUAUCAUUUAUAUCCCACAAAUCCCAUCGUGGUGGGAGGCUCUUGGACCUACACUGAAAAUUGCUUUUCUAGGACUGCUGAAUAACAUUCCAUACUUUGCUCCAGUUUUGCUCCUUGCAACCUCUGAUGUGCCACAUGAAGAUCUCCCUGAAGAGAUAAAAACAUUGUUUAAUACUAAUCGUGAAGAAGUUUUCAAAAUCCCUCGGCCUACCUGUGCUGAAAGAAAAGGGUUUUAUGAGAACUUGAUUAUGAAUCAAGCUGCUGAACCUCCUGCAUCAAAAAACAAUGCAAAUUCGCAGAUAGACUGUCCUGGAAGAUGUUCUCAGGAGAAUGGGCAACCAAAAGUAUGGGACAAGAAAGCAAUCAAAAUUAAAAAAAGAGGAGUGUUUGUGGAUUACUCUGAGCUCAGAAAAGUGUUGGAUGCUGUCGUCACAGCAACUGAGAACGUCAGUAUAUCGAGCAUGGCCAAACUAUAUUCCGUUCUCAGCAUGUGCAUUUACCAACAGCGGGAAAAUCCGGACAAAACCGAAUUAGUGGAGGAAAUGAAGAAAGAAAUUGCAGCCCUCAGUUGGCUGUGAUACUUGACUUCAGUAUACUUGACAUACUCUAAUGUUUGUGUAUGGCUCCGCAAUAGAUAAGUUAUAUUUAGCAUUUCUCACUAAUUGUAGCAGCUAUUGAAGAAUAGAUUAGAAGAAAGAAGUUAAGAAUGUAACUGCAACCAGACAUACCAGAGUGCUGAACCAGUGACACUUGGUGAAAUGACCAAUAUAAAGAGGCACAAAACAAGGCAAACUUAUUAAACUAGGUAAUUCCAGUAGUAGAUCAAGCCCAAGGAUCAAGAAAGGAUCUGUCUGAAGAAGGAAAGGCAGCAGCUGAAGAAAAGUGGGCAUCAGCUUGUAAGAAGAUUGAGAAUGUGGGCUAAUUAGCAUAUGAAACAAGAGAAUCAUUCAACUAAAAGAAGAUUUAAUAUUAAUUGAUAGGAAAACUAUGUAGUUGGGAGCCAAUCAGCAUUAGUGUCUGCGAAGUUUUGAUAGUCAGUAUGCUGGCUUUGUGGAUUUACCGCCUACCACCCUUUUCUGCACAGAACUGCAAAUAAAUCAAAUACCUCUA